CCUUUGUUGGAUGCCCUGCACACACACAGCUCAGUACAGUGCGCUGCAAGCUUGCAGAGAUUGAGAGUCGGAACAAUGGCUGAUUUUGGCAAAGAGAACCCGGAACAGCUCAAAGGAUGGUUGCUCAAGUGGACCAACUAUAUCAAAGGCUACCAGCGGCGCUGGUUCGUGUUGUCCAAUGGUCUCCUCUCCUAUUACAGGACACAAGAGGAGAUGGCACACACGUGUCGGGGCACGGUGAAUCUUGCUGGAGCUUUCAUAGACCCUAUAGACUUGACACAAUUUAUUGUCACCAAUGGCCCGUCGCAAGUGUACCACUUGAGAGCACUUAACGAAGUGGAAAAGCAGCGAUGGGUCACAGCCCUGGAGCUCGCCAAAGCCAAGGCUAUCAAGAAUCUAGAGUCAGAGAGUGAUAGUGGACCAGACUCAGAGGACGAGAAGAGAGGUGGUGGGUCUAAUGAGAACCCUCUAAUGGCUCUACAAGACAAACUGGCUGAGUUGGGUACAGCCCACGACAUCGUGGUCAAGAGUGGGCGUGGACUGGCCAAGAGCAUCGGAGAGUUGGAGGAGAGUGGUGGGCGUGGCGUUGGAGGGAAGCUCUCUGAACAGCUAGCACUCUUCAAACUCACUGCCCUAGGAAUGCUUAAAGCAGCAGAUGAGUUUGUGGUUCAGGGCAGGAAUACUGAGAGGAGGUGGUCCCGAGCUCUUCAACACGAGCACUCAAUCAGAGUACAACUACAAGAGAAUACGGAGGCAUUAGCCAAACAAAUGACACGUAUGGAGGAUGAGGCAAGACAGCAGUUUCAAGGAGCGACUGCACAAAAUGGCCCGCAUACAACAAACUCAACAAGUAAACCACUUCCUAAUUCAAAGACUGGGUCUCUGAAACGAGAGGGUAAACAAAACGCAAAGAAGCACGUCACUGUUUCUGGAGAGCGGCAAGUUCUAGAGAUGAUCGAUUCUCCAGAUGAUGAUGAUGACCAAUUUUUUGAUGCCCCUGAGAUUUCAGAUGAAGAUUGGGUCAAGGCGGCAAGCUCUGCCACGCCCACUCCGAGUACUCCAAGAGGUCACAAGAGGAAUAUUAGUACCACGUCUGUGAACGAAGCUCAUGAUUUAGUCGCUAACUCCCCGGGAGAGGGCGUCGACAAACCUCCAGUCAGCUCAGACAGGAGGAUGUCGAAGAUUCCUGAAGCCCCCACGUCCAACUUUCUGCUGGAUGUUCAACCCACCCUCCCCCAGAGGAGGACAGCUGUUCCUCCCAAACCCUCGUAUCGGCUCAACUAUUGGUCCAUCAUGAAGAAUUGUAUCGGCAAAGACCUCUCCAAGAUACCCAUGCCAGUCAACUUCAACGAGCCCCUGUCCAUGCUUCAGAGGAUGGGUGAAGAGAUGAAGUAUGCAGAUAUACUCCACAGGGCGGCAAAUGCCCAGGACACACUGGAGGAAAUGGCAUACGUGGGUGCAUUCGCAAACUCCCCCUAUGCUGCCACUGCUGGUCUAAGAGCCAACAAACCAUUCAACCCCAUGCUUGGAGAAACCUACGAGUGUGACAGGAGAGCUGAGAUGGGAUGGAGAUGCAUAUUUGAACAAGUGAGUCACCAUCCACCCAUGUUCUCUGAGUACUGUGAGGGAAAGGACUGGACAUUCUGGCAAGAGUACACAGUGUCCUCCAAGUUCAGAGGCAAAUAUUUGACUGUCUACCCGAUUGGAGCUUGCCAUCUGGUGUUCCACAAGACCAAGAGUCACUACACUUGGUGCAAGGCGGUCACCACUGUGCAUAACAUCAUUGUGGGGAAGCUGUGGAUUGACCAGUCUGGAGAAAUCAAGAUAACUAAUCACACCACAAGAGAAGAGGGGCUGCUCAAGUUCCAUGCCUACAGUUACUUCUCCAGGGAACAACAGAGAAAGAUCUCUGGUCAUGUACAAGAUGUUGAUGGUAACGUACGCUAUGUAUUGAAGGGCUACUGGGACCAACAGUUCGAUAUGGCUAAGGUGAUAGGUGGAGAGGGGAAAAACCUGGAGACAGAGCCAUGCCAGACACUGUGGAGAGUGCAGGAACCAGAACCUGGGAAUGAGGUAAUGUAUGGGUUUGCUCACUUCACAUCCUCACUCAAUGAACUUGAGCCGGGGAUAGCCCCCACUGAUUGUCGCUUUAGACCAGACCAGAGAAUCAUGGAGGAGGGGGACUUCCCUAGAGCAGACAAAGAAAAACUUCGUCUUGAGGAGAAACAAAGAGCCAAGCGUCGGAAGAGAGAGGCACUAGCAGCUCAAGCAGCCAAAGCCUCAGCAAGAGGAGAUGUUGAGGAGGCAGAGAGACUCAAAGAGGAGGCCACUUACAAGCCAGUGUGGUUCAGCAAAGAAUACGACCCUCUCACCAACACGAUGAUGCAUGUGUACAAAGGAGGUUAUUGGGAGGCCAAGCAAACUGGAGACUGGGACAAAUUCAACUUACCCGACUUGUAUUGAUCAUUUCUUUUAUUUGUUUUUUUCUAUCAAGAGUGGUGUACACAGUGUAUAAUUGUACAAUAUUUAAUUUUAACUGUG